GAAUGAACGACCGACCGACCAGCAGUGGUGCGGCCGUGGCGGACGCGUGCGGUAGUGUAUCGAUUGGGACUGUAGUUUGAGAGUUUUCAUUUUGUACCGUUUUGAAAAUCAUCACACCCCCAACGAUCGUAUACAGUAUUAUGACGAUAUCCGCGUGCGAGAGCGUAAUAAUUUUCGUAUGAGAUAAAAUGUCAAUAGGUUUUUUUUGACGUAUUGUAAUUUAUAUUAUCUAUAUACACCUAUAUCGCAUAUACGGUCGACGAGUAUAUUAAAUAUUAACCCUUCGUCAACGUGCGGGGAUCUGGCCAGAGAAUCAAUUUGAUGCCGAUAAAAUUAUAUAAUAUUACAUCGGCACGCCGGUGUUGUUGACAAGUGUUAUAUCAGACAUAAAUGACUGUUGGGUGGCGUAUGAUAACAUGCUAACGGCCCGAAUAUUCGUCGAGCCUAUGCCGUUCAAAUUGCUGGUUGUUCGAUGGUUACUUUUGGCCAUUAGCGUACAAACCGUUUUUUCAAGACCCAUUCAAGAAUCCAACAAUACAAGUCGACGGGCCCGAUCAACGCCAAUCUACGAGGAUGUGCAAGGGUAUUUGAUGAAGUUUGGUUACUUACCAGAAUCGGAUCUAGAAACGGGCAAUAACUUGAGGGACGGAAGUCAACUACACGAUGCUCUGCGAACAUUGCAGACGUUUGGAAAUAUUCCUAUCACCGGUAAAUUAGACGAGGCCACUAAACAGUUAAUGAAGAGACCUAGAUGCGGCGUUUCCGAUAUUUCACCGACAGCGGGCCAACACCGGACCAAACGCUACACCCUGCAAGGUCAAAAAUGGCAUCACGUCAACCUGACAUGGAGUUUGCGGACAAGGCGCUUGGAUAAAGUAGACCACGGAUGGGUGAGGUCGGACUUGAACAAGGCGUUUCAAGUGUGGGCCAAAUAUUCCAAACUCACGUUUCGGGAAGUUAACAGCGAAUCUGCAGACAUUCUGGUGUUUUUCGAAAAAGGUUACCACGGUGACGGAUAUCCGUUCGAUGGGCCGGGUCAAGUGUUGGCUCACGCAUUUUUCCCGGGCACCGGACGAGGAGGAGACGCUCAUUUUGACGAGGAAGAAGAAUGGCUGGUGGCCGACAAGACAAGUAAAGACGGAACCAGUUUGUUCAGGGUGGCCGUGCACGAAUUUGGUCACUCUCUCGGUCUUUCGCACUCAUCGGCAGAAGACGCAUUGAUGUUCCCAUGGUAUCAGGAUCUGAAAUCCAACUUUGAACUUCCCAAUGACGACCGGAUUGGUAUACAGGUCCUUUACGGUGCAAAAAAUGACAAGAUCUGGGGUGACAUACCGGCGUACAGACCAACUUCGCAGAGACCGGAUCCAUCGACUACCGUUCCGACGAUAUCUAGUACAGCUAGGACAGUAAUUACCAAGUCCAUGACCAGUAUCACCAAUCCCAUUACCCCAGUGACAUACACUACCAGCAGACCAAUGCCACCAAGGCGCCCACCCGUAGCAGUAGUCGUCGACGACAAACCGGACUUUUGCAACACAUCAUUCGAUGCAGUGUCAAUCAUACGGAAGGAUACGUUCUUCUUCAAGGGCAAAUACACGUGGAGACUAGGCCCCAAGGGAGUUUACGCCGGAUAUCCGGCUCUAAUUUCACGGCUGUGGUACAAUCUGCCAGAAGACAUGAACCAGGUGGACGCGGUGUACGAAAGGCUAGACGGCAAGAUUGUGUUUUUCAUAGGUCGUCAAUAUUACCUGUUCGACGGCAACAACCCGCUGCGAGGAUACCCGAAGCCGUUGACGACGCUCGGACUGCCCGAAGAGCUGGACCGUGUGGACGCGGCCAUCGUCUGGGGCCACAACAGCAAGACGUACAUAUUCAGCGGCACAAUGUAUUGGAGGUUCGACGAUGAAACUGGCCAGAUGGAGUUGGACUACCCGCGGGACAUAUCGUCUGUAUGGCGGGGAGCGGGAUACAACAUCGACGCGGCGUUCCAAUGGCACGACGGUGCAACGUACUUCUUCAAGAAUCGCGAUUUCUGGAAGUUCAACGAUCUCAGGAUGCGCGUCGAACAGGAGGAGCCCAGGUCGAUCGGCGAGUUCUGGUUCAACUGCACUGCGGUUGACGGUGUCGGCGACAGGUGGCCCGUCACCAAGAACAAGGGCCGGACGACCGGUCAGAAGGGCGCUGCGGGCCGCGGUGGCCGAUAUCGGACGGCCGACGACGGGCCGUCUGGCAGCGGCGAUGUCAGCUCUUCGGGGUCCGUCUCCACCGAUCAUACGCCGACUCCGAUCAUGGCGUGGUCGGUUACGAUGGCGUCGAUCGCGGCAAUCGUUCGGUGGGCACGAUGAACGUCGCCACGAAAAACCAUACGUGUUCGUCAUAUGUAUAUAAUAUAAUAUGAUAAUAUUGUAAUAUUUAUUGUGAUGUAUAAUAAGCAUACGGCGUCCGCCAAAGUCCUAUGGCCGUCGAGUGUGACGAUUUGAGGGAUAGCGAAAAUCGCUGUCGUAUCGAGUUAUUCAAUCAAAUAAUAAUAUAAUGUAACUGAUGUAUUAUACAAUGUGAUGCGAUACUACCGCUGUGUAGAUUUGGGCCCGUCGGAUCUGAGUGAAAAAUAAACGAACAGAUUCGAUUUAAUUAGACUGGCAAUUGGCAAACCUGCAGUUUCAAAUUUUGGAUGCAAGUCUCGUGGUUCCGUAAAAAAAUUGAGUGAUUUAAUAUAAUAUACAUAGAUAUUUCGAUACCCAUCACAAGAAUACUCGUAAUCCCGCUGUUACGAUUUUAUUAUAUUUUAAAGUUUUUCAACCACAAAUGCAUAUAAAUAUUAAUACAUUUUUAAGACUUAAAUACUCAUUAACACAAUUUGGAGCAUUAUUCUCAUACAGUGUACCUCCGAAUAUUGUGCAAUUUUUUUCUGUGCUCACUCCAAAAAAUUCAAGCAUUCUUGCCAUUCGUCUCCGUCGCACUUCUUUGGAAUGCACGUCGAUAUAAUUUAUUAUAUGUACAGCGUAAUUUACAAAUCAUGCUCACCCCAUUUUUCAUUUUAUAUUUCAUAAUGCAAUUAUUUCAAUUCUGAUUUUUAAAUAUACUUAAAUACCAUAUUUUUAAAUUCUUAAAAUUGUUUGUACCUAUCAUAAUUUCGGAAUGUAUAAACUGUGGAAAUAAAAACUUCUGUUUUUUAAAUGAGAGCCCUCAUUAUUUACUGUACAAUUUUGGGGAUAAUUUUUUUUUUUUUAAUGUUUAUGUAGUUAAGUACCUAAUUCAAAAUUCGAACGAAUAGUUUUUCAGUCAUUAAAAUGUUUCUGGUAAGUAUAAUAGUCCUUAAAAAUGUUUUUACGAAAAUAUAAAACAGAUUAAUAAUACUUGGACAUUCUUUACAAAUUAUAAAUGUUGAUAGUCGAUAGAUUUAUAAUAUUUACUAAAAUGUUUAAUUCCACUGUAUUAUUGUAUAUAAUAUAUUAUAUAUUUCCAUAUAUUCCAAGCCCAUUAUUGUAGACGCAAUUGAUCAUUUUUACUCCUUAUAGACUAUAGUACACAAGGUUAAAUAACUCAAAAACGAAUCGUUCGAAUUUUGAUUUUGAUACAUCAACAAUUUCAGAAAAACUAUCCAUUAAAUAAUUUACCACACACUUUCUAUAUCAGAAUCCCUCCGUUCUCAUUUAAAUGUAUACGUUGUAUAUUCAAAGCACACUCCUUAUGUAGGUAAUAGAACAAUUUAUUUUCAAGCAUUUAAAAAUAUCGUCUUUAAGUUAAUUUUAUUUAAAAAUUCCAAAACUUUUUUUUGAAUAACUGCAUAUUAUUGGUUGAGCAGCUUGAUGCAUCAUCCUGUACAUCCAAGUAUAGUAUAAUAUUCAGAACAAUAUAACGGUGCAAACCACCUGUUUACAGGAAGUGUUAUUUUCGGUAUUCUAUAAAGUCAUGUUUUUAGACCUUUGAAACAACCACUCACUCCACCAUCCGGGAUACAGUAGAGUUGCGGCUACAUUUUAUCGUCAUCAAUCCGACGUUGUUUAAAAUGUCUGACAAAUUUUGUGAUAUUUUUUUUCUAUCAACUCUAUUAUAUUUUAUACCUAUUUAUAUAAUUAUAUUUACUAUACAUAUUAUAGGUAAUCGAUU